AUGAAGGCAGCCACAGCGCAGGCUCCACGACCUGACACCAUCGAGGAUUGGUUGAUUCUAGUUCCACAUCUGCUCUCCCCUGAGGGCUGGCAGACCCUCGUGCAGAAGCCUUCCUCCACACUCCAGCAAUCCAGCAGUCCUUGGGGUGAUAUCUUGAUCAAGUACGUGCUUGAGGAUGUCGUGGUUCUACAUCCUCCCGAAGAUCCUGCCCACUUGUUGGUCCGCCCAGAAACACGAGCGUGGAGCUGUGAAUGCGAACCUGACGCAGCAAACUUGGAGGAGAUUCGUCAAGUAAGAGAAAUGCUCGCAUGCUUCGAAACCUACUGGACGGACUGGCCGUGGAUCCGGCUUUGCGACACCUUGUUUGGCAUCCUUUACUCACAGCAUCCCGUUGGCAACUUAUGUUUUGGGCACACGGCACUGCCCGUAACGACAAUUGAACGGGUAAGACGGAACUUUCCAGAGAAGGGUGACUGCUCUCUAACUUGGAGCGAUCAAAGCAAUCCUUUUGUGUGCACAUUGCUGUGUCGUUUGCAAAAGCCUGGGCACUAUACGAUGCAUUUCAUCAUGGGGACCUUAGAAGGCUUCCAGAUGCCCGUUUGGGCAUCGAAUGCUCUUCGGCUGGUAUUAGAUGCAUUCAGAUGCCAGGCGAUUUGCUACUUGAACAGGCCACAGCUUAUCCUGGAGCGGGAGAGGGAUAGGACGCUCUACAUGGUGCUCAACAUGACCAGCUUUGGCAGCAGACCACCUUUGAUCCCUGCUCUGGGUACUGAGACGGGCGACAUGGGGCAGCUGACCAACAUCGAGGCUGGCAAGGAGUUGGGGCUUUCAAAGUGGGUUUCCUACGAUCCCGCCAUGAUGGGCAAUGAUGCGUUCCGCUUGUCGGAGUACCUCCGCCUGUUCUUCCGAAGAGUCGGUGUUCAUGUACACACGUACCAAUCCCUGGAUGGGCAAGAGUUACUGCCGUAUCAGUGUGUAGUGCAGCGGGAGGAAUGGUACGUGGCCAGAGAUCACUUCAAGGCAACUUUUGCCCUGCAGAAAACUGCGUACCGACGUGCCAACGGCGGAACAUCAACACCGAGGUUGGUCGAGGAAAGCACACCACGCUUUUGUCGUGAAGUGGUCGCAAGCUGUCAGAAUCAGACUGGACUUGCAUCUGACGUUUGUGAGCUAGUGGUGCACAAGACUUUCUUCGAACUCCCAGACGAUGUGCGACUUGGCAUGGGCUUUGCAGAUAGAAGGCGCUGUCGCUCAGUAUCACCUGUUCGCUGA